UUCGAACAAGAAAAAAAGUCCAACGAAUGAGCUGUCAUUUUUAUUGAAUUUUAUAAAAGAUGUUUUUAUCGUGAGAAUCUAAAAAUUGCCAACCCAAGCAUUCGGUGAUUCAAUCAACAAACAUUUACCAAACAAAACAGAAUCAAGAUCAAACAGUAUCGCCCGCUACAGUUAGAAUCAAGCAAGAAAGAAUGGACAAAUUUGACGAGAACCCUUUCGGUGAACCAAAUAUUGAUAAUCCCUUCGCAGAUCCGGUUGUUGCCACAACACCCGUUCGAUCGAAUGCGGUGAAUCAAGCCAUAGUAGUACUGGACGACUAUCAUCCGUUCGAGAAUGAAAAUGCGAAACCAAACAAAUUUAGUGAUGGCAAUGUUGGACAACAACCACAAAUUCCUGCAUACAAUCAAUCAUCACGACAAGCAUAUGGUACACAAGGUGCACCACAAAUUUCGACGGCUGAAUUACAGCGUCAACAAGAAGAACUGGAGCGUAGAGCUGCCGAUAUCGAAAGACGUGAGGCUGAAUUGAGACGGAACAAUACCAAUGGCGUUAGACGCAACAAUUGGCCUCCAUUGCCAGAGAAAUGCUGUUUUCAGCCGUGCUUCUACCAGGACAUAGCGGUAGAGAUUCCGAUAGAGUUCCAAAAAAUUGUCCGGCAUCUGUACUACCUAUGGAUGUUUUACGCUCUUGUGAUGGCCACAAACAUCGUGGGAGCGAUGAUACUUAUGUUCCACAGUGGCCAGUAUGCCACAUUCGGUUUGGCCAUCAUGUACGCAGCCUUGUUUACACCUUUGUCUUUCAUGUGCUGGUACCGUCCAGCCUACAAAGCAUUCCGCAGUGAUUCUAGUUUCAACUUCAUGGUCUUUUUCUUCAUUUUCUUUUUCCAAAUGAUAAUGUUGAUUAUUCAGACGAUUGGCAUACCUAACUCAGGAUACAUCGGUUUCAUAACUGCUCUAAGUCAAUUUGACGGUACGCCUGGAGGAAUUAUUGUUGGAUUGUUAUGUCUGUGCAUUGCUAUCUCCUUUGCCACUGCCGCAGCUGGAAAUGUGAUGUUAUUGACAAAGAUUCACGCAAUCUACAGACAUUCGGACUCGGUUAGUAUUGGUAAAGCUCAGGCUGAAUUUACGAACGAGUUCAUUCACAACCAACAUGUCCAAAGAGCCGCUGCGAAUGCCACUGCCGCUGCGGUUAGUUCACAAAUGAAUAGUCCAACGAAUCGGUAUUGAAGCGGAACAGGCCCCGUAAAUGUAUUUAGAGAACAAAAACAAAAUAUUUUUGAUUGUUGAAAAGUGAGCAUGUAACUUUAGGUGUAUAUUAGUAACGAAACGAUUUAAUUGGAUGUGGAGCCAAGGCGUUCCUGUAAUUUUGACAAUUGGAACGAAUACAAAGAGAGAGAGAGAGCGAUAGUAACAUGAGAGUGAAGAGCCUCAUAACGUCCAGUAAAUUCAAUUGUUAAUAUAUGAUUUCACAUCGUAUAAGUGCGUAUAAUCUAUCUUUGUCGGUCAUUUAAAGAAAUAAAAAAUAAAAAUGUGGAAGAAAGAGGAUGGAAAUUCUAAGAAUAUUUCAGUAUAACAUUCGAACUUACUAAAUUUGCUAAAAUGAGAAAAAGAUAUUCAAAAUAUUGAGUGGAAUUUAAUUUACACAAACAAAAAUACAUGAAAGGAAAAAUGUU